AUGGAGCUAACCAGCUGCUCAUGGCUUUUGUUCAUCACGCUCUCCCUCUGUCUUGCAGCCUCGCUCAUAUUCUUGCUCAACAGCCGUCGCCGACGCAGCAAGUCGCUCCCUCCAGGCCCGCCGGCCCUGCUUUUCCUUGCCAAGUUCUUGGCGCUCCGGCAGUCCAUCUUCGACCUUCCUCAGAUCCUACGCGAGCUACACGCGCGCCAUGGCCCCGUCAUCUCCGUCCGCCUAUUCCGCCCGCUCGUCUUCGUCUCGGACCGCCACCUCGCCCACCGUGUCCUCGUCCAGAGCGGCGUCACCUUCGCCGACCGCCCGCAGGUCUUCGAGCCGGGGCACCUCUUCACCUCCGGCGCCCGCAACAUCAACGCCGCGCCCUACGGUCCAUACUGGCGCCUCGUCCGCCGGAACCUCGCCUCCGAGGUGCUGCACCCGGCCCGUGUCAGCCUCUUCGCGCCGGCGAGGCGGCGGGCACGCGACGCGCUCGUCAACAACCUACUCGCAGCCAGCGGCGGCGGCGGCUCGCGGCCCGUCACCGUGAGGCCGUUGCUAAGGCGCGCCCUGUUCGAGCUUUUCGCGUACAUGAGCUUUGGCGCCAGGCUUGGCCCGGAGGUGUUGGACGAGAUACAGGAGCUGCAGUUGUGGGUUGUGCGCAGUAUCCUCAGCUACCCUAUCUUCUACAUCUUCCCGCCCCUCACCAAGAGGCUCUUCGGCAAGCAGUGGGCUGCGCACAUGACCGUGCGUCGGCGGGUGGACGAGAUCCUUCUCCCGCUAAUCCACGCAAGGACGAAGAGCCGGGACGACAACCCGCCUUGCUACGCCGAAUCCCUCCUCGGCCUGCGGGUGCCCGGGGAGGGAGACCGCCCGCUCACCGACGGCGAGGUGGUCAGCCUGUGCUUGGAGUUCUUGAGCACUGGGAAUGACGGUACGGCCACUCUGUUGGAGUGGAUCAUGGCAGAGCUGGUAAACCGCCCCGAAAUGCAGGCCAGGGUCUACGAGGAGGUCAGGAGCAAGCCCGAGCUCAGCGAAGAAGAUCUUCAGGCCAUGCCGUACCUGAAAGCCGUGGUGCUCGAGGGGCUGCGGCUGCAUCCACCGCUCCACUUCCUCAUCCCGCAUGGCGUGCACGGCCACGGCGCGGAGAUCGGAGGCUACAAGGUGCCCAAGGGCGCGGAAGUAAACAUCCUAGUCGCGGAGCCAGGGCGGGAUGAGACGGUGUGGACGGCGCCGCUGGAGUUCCGGCCGGAGCGGUUCUUGAACGGCGGCGAGGGGUGCGACGUGGACAUCACGGGGAGGAAGGAGAUCAAGAUGAUGCCGUUCGGCGCCGGCCCCAGGAUGUGCCCCGCAUACACGCUCGGCAUGCUGCACGUCGCCUACUUCGUCGGGAGCCUGGUCAACGAGCUCCAGUGGCUGCCGCCGGCGGACGGCCAGCAGGUGGACAUGACGGAGAUACUCGACUUCACCACGGUCAUCAAGCAUCCCCUCCGUGCACGCACCAUUCCAAGGACUUGA